AUGUCCGAUAGAUUAACACAGCUACAGAUCUGUUUAGAUCAGCUAGUGGAGCAAUUCAAUGCUACAGUGCACUACGUGAAUAUCCAUGCAAAGCCAGCCUUAUUAGAUGAGGAUCCAACAUCGGUAUCGAAUAGGGCGGCUACUGCUCCAGCACCUCAACUGCAACAACAACAACAACAACAACAGCAGCAGCGGUCUCCACAAUCGGCUCAACAACUGCCGAAAGAAGAUGCUAAUCAAGAAUCUAAGGAAUUGUCGAAACCCGCUGAGGCCGCUGAAGAAGAUUUUGAUAGCACGCUUGAUGAGCUAGCUACUGAUAUUGUAUUGAAGAGUAGACAGAUCAACAUGUUGAUAGACUCGCUACCGGGUAUAGGUGUCACGCCAGAGGCACAAAUGAAAUUGAUAUCGGACUUGAGCCAAGAGUUGAAACAAGUAGAACACGAAAGACAAGCAAAGAUUGAGGAGAAGGACACCUUGUUGAGGAAAGUUGAUGAUUUGAUCAAAGACUUGGCUACAGGUAUUUCGCAAGUGAGGUCGUGA